AUGGCUGAACCGUCGAAAACUGCAGCGGGUGAACCCGCGAAGGCAUCAGCAGGUGUACCCGCGGGAACACCCGCUGGUGUUCCGGCAGGGCGCGGAGCCGGACGGGGUGUCGGGAGAGGAACUGCAGCGGCGGAUAUGCUCGCCGGACGGGGUCGAGGCAGCGCGGGUAUCGGACGAGGCGACGCCAAAACGGUCGGCCGAGGAGGCCCGGUUUCGGGAACCGCCCGGGGGAACCUCGCCAGCAGCCAGGCGGAACCCGCGCGGCAGAUCGGCGCUCCGCACGUGUUUCCGCGCAUGGGCCGCGGGGACAUCCGGCGCGCGUACACGCUCGGGCGGGAGCUGGGGAAAGGCGGAGGCGGAGUGGUGCGCGAAUGUCUGGACCCAUUGACGGGCGAGCCCGUGGCGGCCUGCAAAACGAUUCCCAAGUCAAAGCUCCAGCGACCGGACCUGGUGGAGGAGCUGCGCGCGGAGGUGGCGGCGAUGCGGCGGCUGGCGGGGCACGCGCACGUGGUGCGCCUUCUCGCCGUGUACGAGGACGACCACGCGGUGCACGUGGUCAUGGAGCUCUGCACGGGCGGGGACUUGUACGACCUGCUCACCGCUGCUACUACUCUGCCCGAGCCGAUCGCCGCGCAGCUAACGAGCACCGCCAGCAGCAGCUUUGGGGCGAGGGGGGGGAUGCUGUCGGAAGGGGGGCGCGGAGCAGGGGAGAGGGACGGGGAAGAGGACGGGGAGAGGGCGAAAUGCGCGGGGAAAGCCCUGCAUGUUAAGCUUGCGGAUUUCGGGUUGUCUGUUGUGCUUAAAUCGGGGCAGCUUGCAGUGGGUAUGCAUGGAAGCAACGUGUAUAUGGCGCCAGAGGUGGUGUGCAGGAAACCGUACGGUUUGGCGAUUGAUCUGUGGGGUCUCGGAGUUAUCCUCUUUACAGCGCUCUCCGGUUACAUGCCGUUCUGGGGCAACACGGAUGAAGAGCUUUUUGUCCGCAUCCUGCGCGGCCGCCCGGAUUAUUCCAGCGAUCCGUGGCCGACGAUCAGCUCGGAGGCGAAGGAUCUGGUCCAUCGUGCCGCCGCCGCUUCUGCAGCCGCUGGUGCUGCGGCUGGUGUUGCUGCUGGUGCUACUGGUGGUGGUCCUUCUGGUGGUGGUGGUGGGUCCUUUGGUUCUGCCAGUGGAGCCAUGGCCAGUGCUACCAGCAAGCUCGCCUCUCUCUUCUCCUUGGGUGCUGCCCCGGCAGCCAAGGCUCGGAAGAACGCUGCCGGAGCUGGCGUUUCAGGUUCAGGAGCGCCAGGUUCGGGGACGUCUGCGUUGUUCCGAGCCAGGCCGUCAGGCCUGAGCAGCCCGUUCACGUUCUUCUCUCCCAAGAGGAAGAUCCGAAAGUCGCAAGUGGUUGUGAACAGUGCUGCGGCUCCAGGGACAGCAGUGGCAGGUGGCGCUAAUGGGGGAACAGAUAUGAUUGUGGAUGGGACCGGUGGGCAUGGGGAGGAGGAGGACGACGACGAAGACGAGGAGGAAGAGGAGGAGGUGGAGGAGGGAGAGGGUGAGGGAGAGCAGGAGGAGCAGGAGGGUGAGGUGGGAGGCAGAGCAGGUUUGGCUGGGUACAACAGCGCCGUGCUGAGUGCAGCAGCUGCUGCUGUGCUGCAGACCCACUUGAACGGCCAUGAUGAAAAGCAGCAGCAGGGAAAUCACCAAUUGCACCCUCACCAGCCUUGGCAGAAGAAUGGGAUGAUCGGCAGCCUCGGCAGCACUGGAGCUGCAAGCAGCGUUGGCACCAUUGCUGAGUUCCGGGCCCGGCUGUCCCCGGCCGUCACUCUUGACCGAACAGCCGCUCCCGAGCCUGUGGCGGUGUAUUCGAGCACUGGAAACGUGCUGCCAGCUGUCAGCGCAGCAUUGGCUACUGGUCAAGCAAGGGAGAAUGUGAGAGCAGAGGGUGGGAUGGAGAGAGGAGGGAUGGAAGUUGAUGGAGGGACAUGUGAAGGAGGCAUGUCGGAUGUUGUGACCGCCUUCUCAAUUCUCAGGACUAACUCUACACAAGGCGCUGCUGCUGCACUAUCAGCAGAAGCACCACAAGCAGUUAGAGAGGCCACUGGUGUAGCUACAUCUAGUGGCAAACCAGAGGCACUUGCAGAUUCGCAUCUCGCGGGGGCUGCAAGAGAUACCAGGAGCCAAAAGCUUUUCAGUCCCCGCGUACCCAUUCUCCCUAUUCGCUACUCCAGCACUCUUCCAACUGCACCCCCUGCUCCCCCGGAAUACCUGUUCCCUCCGCUCCCCUCGCUUCCCCCGUUGCUCCCCCUCACCCUCCCACCGCCACUCCUCGACUCGAUUCAUCCGCCCCUUCUCCUUCCGCCAUUUCUAUCACACUUUCUUUCACUCUCUCCCUCUCCCUCCACCUCCUCCAGGGUGUUUCUCUGCUCAUUCUCAGAUAUCUUUCAAGUUGGUGGUAAUUACUGUCCUUGGAAACGAGGCAGUAGCGGUCGUUCAGACCAGCGAUUGAGAGAUAGAGAGAGAGCGAACCGCAGCUCGGAUUUUUUCCCGCCUGAAACCAUGGCUGCCAUCGAAGCCACCCCGAUGCUCCAGUCUCUCCGCCUCGACGCCGCGCUCGCGGCGGCGUCGCGCACGACCGUCCCCGCCUCCUCCUUCGUCCGCCCGCAGAUUAGCCUCCGGUCGACCCGCGUCCUUAGCGGACGGCGAGUGGCGGCGGCGGAGCGGUCCGCGGUAGCUGCGCGCGUCCAGGCGGUGGCGGAGCUGUUCCCGUCCGUGGAGGGCGCGGAGGACGCGGGGGAAGCGGAAGAGGUUGAAGCGCCCGCAGUGAAGGCGAAGACGGGGAAGAAGGCUCUCGUGUUCAAGAGGGACCAGACCCGGUCGAAGCGGUUUUUGGAGAUCCAGAAGCUGCGCGACCGCAACAGCGAGUACGAGCCGGUGGAGGCGCUUGAGAUCGUCAAGGCGACGGCUUCCGUCAAGUUUGACGAGUCCGUCGAGGCGCACUUCCGCCUCAACAUCGACCCGAAGUACGCCGACCAGCAGCUGCGCGCCACGGUUUCUUUGCCCAAGGGAACCGGCCAGGUGGUUCGCGUUGCUGUCCUCACUCAAGGAGAGAAGCAGAGGGAGGCGACGGACGCGGGCGCUGACGUGGUGGGCGCGGAGGAUCUGAUCGAGCGCAUUGCGGGCGGCUUCCUCGAGUUCGACAAGCUCGUCGCCACGCCUGACAUGAUGCCCAAGGUGGCGCGUCUGGGUCGUCUGCUGGGUCCACGUGGCCUCAUGCCCAACCCCAAGGCCGGCACCGUCACCACCGACCUUGCUUCGGCUGUGGUGGACUUCAAGGCGGGCAAGGUGGAGUACCGGGCGGACAAGACGGGCAUCGUGCACGUGCUCUUUGGCAAGGCCUCCUUCUCCAACGAAGACCUCCUCACCAACCUCGUUGCCGUCGCUAACUCUGUGGAUGCGAAUCGCCCACCAGGCGCCAAGGGAGUGUACUGGAAGACUGCUUACAUCUGCGCAACAAUGGGCCCGUCUGUGCGUGUAAAUGUGUCGGCCUUGAGGGACUUCAAGCUGCCCACUACCUCAUCCUGCCGCUCGAGCCCGUUAACCAUGGGCUCGGAGCAGCGCAGUGUGUUCACGGUGGGCAGCACUGUUUGGGUGCCGGACGAGGAGGACGCAUGGGCGGAGGGCGAGGUGGUGGGCGUCAAGGAUGGCGCCGCGGGUGCAGGCGGGCAGGUGGUGGUGCGCACCACAGGGAAGAAGAAGCGCGAGCCAGACGAGGAGGAUGCACGGGCGAGGGUCAAGUUAAAAUCACUCUUGAGAAUUCUCGAAAGUGAUUUCGACAUGGACGCAUGGGCAGAGGGCGAGCUGGUAGGCGCCAAGGAUGGCGCGGGGAGUGUGGGCAGGCAGGUGACGGUAGCAGCGGGUGCGUGCUAUGCACGCGAGGAGGAUGGCGGCAUCAUGGACGACAUGGUCAAGAUGGCCUACCUGCACGAGCCGGGGGUGCUCUCCAACCUCAUGCUGCGCUACCAGCGCAACCUUAUUUAUACGUACACGGGCAGCAUCCUGAUAGCAGCGAACCCCUUCAUGCGCAUACCAGGCAUCUACGACCGGGAGAUGAGGGAGGCGUACAGAGGGGCACAGAUCGGUGACCUCAGCCCGCAUGUGUUCGCAAUUGCUGAUAACGCGUACAGGGCGAUGGUGGACGAUAAGCGCAGCCAGUCGAUUCUGAUCAGCGGGGAGAGCGGGGCGGGCAAGACGGAGACAACGAAGCUGGUGAUGGAGUAUCUGGCUUCUGUGGGGGGGCGGUCUGAGGCCACUGAGGGGCGCAGCAUUGAAAGCCAAGUGCUGGAGUCAAACCCAUUGCUGGAAGCCUUUGGCAACGCCAAGACGGUGCGAAACGACAACUCGAGUCGCUUUGGCAAGUUCAUCGAGAUCCAGUUCGACCAACGCGGCCGCGUGUCCGGCGCCGCCAUCCGCUCGUACCUGUUAGAGCGGUCCAGAGUGGUGCAGAUAGCAGACCCCGAGCGCAACUACCACUGCUUCUACCAGCUCUGCGCCGGUGCAUCCCCUGAGGAGGCAGAGAAGUACCGGCUUCCUCCAGGGCCGAACAGGGCGGAGAAGUUUCAUUACCUGAAGCAGAGCAAGUGCAUUGAGCUGGAGGGGAAGCGGAGCAACGCGGAGGAGUAUGUGAUCACUCGCAACGCCAUGGACGUUAUUGGCAUCUCCCAGGACGAACAGGCAUCGAUAUUCGGCAUCGUGGCGGCCAUUCUGCAUCUGGGCAACGUGGAGUUCAAGGAGAAGGGCGACAAGAUGCGCAUCGCCAAGAGCUCGGAGGAGAAUCUUGAGAACGUCGCUCACCUGCUCUCGUGCGACAAGAAGAAGCUACAGGAGUCACUAUGCACAUUGAAGCGCAAGGUGGGAGGCGAGGUGAUCAAGAGCUAUCUGGACGAGAAGGGGGCUGUGGUGCGCAGAGACACGCUCGCCAAGACACUCUACUCCAAGCUCUUUGACUGGAUAGUGGAGAAGGUGAAUCGGUCCAUUGGGCAAGACGCUAAUUCCAUGGCGCUCAUUGGCGUGCUCGAUAUCUACGGCUUCGAGCACUUCAAGCUCAACAGCUUUGAGCAGUUUUGCAUCAAUCUGGCCAAUGAGAAGCUCCAACAACACUUCAACCAGCACGUGUUGAAGCUGGAACAGGAGGAGUACGAGCGGGAAGAGAUCAACUGGAGUUACAUCAACUUCAGAGACAACCAGGAUGUGCUAGACCUCGUUGAAGGGGAUAAGGGCAUCCUCACACUGUUAGAUUCGGCCUGCAAGCUAGCCCAGUCCACACCGGAAUCAUUCACCAUGUCGCUGUACGACACCUUUUUGAAGCACGAGCGAUUCACCAAGUCCAAGGGCUCCGUCACUGACUUCACGCUGGAGCACUACGCGGGGCGAGUUAAGUACAGCACCAUGGAGUUCAUCAGCAAGAACCUUGACGCCGUGGUAUCAGAGCACGAGGCGCUGCUGCAGAAGUCCACCGACCCGUUUGUGGCCGCGCUGUUCCCUGCGGCUCAAGAGGAGGUGAAGGAGGGCGGAGGGAAGGGCGGCAAGGCCACCACCAAGUUCGCGUCGUUGGGGAAAUCGUUCAAGUUACAACUGUCGCAGCUGAUGGACACGCUAAACCGUACAGAACCGCACUACAUCCGGUGCAUCAAGCCCAACUCCAAGAGCCGGCCGGCACUGUUUGAGAAGAGCAUGGUGGUGGAGCAGCUGCGAUCGGGGGGAGUGUUGGAGGCCAUUCGCAUGUGCUCGGCGGGCUACCCCACUCGCCGCCUCUUUGACGACUUCAUCGACAGAUUCUCGCUGCUCGUGCCCUCGCUCUUUGACAAGGAAAUGUCGGACCCUGAGUACGUGGAGGUCAUUCUGCGCCAUGCCAAGCUGGAGAAUUACCAGAUCGGAAAGUCAAAGAUAUUCCUACGAGCGGGGCAGAUGGCCCUAAUGGAGACGUGCCGGCUGGAGAUCAUGAACGCUGCUGCCGCCCGCAUUCAGCGUGCCACGCGCCGCUUCCUCUUCCGCCUGCACCGCGCCCGCGCUGCCCUCUGCAUCCAGAAGCUCUGGCGCGCCUUCAAGGCACGGGAGUUCGUGUACCACCUGCGUCAGCGCCUGGCAGCAACGUGCAUCCAGCGCAUGGAGCGGGGCAGGCAGCAGCGCAUGCGCUUCCUCGUGCUGCGGCGGGCAGCAAUCACCAUCCAAGCCAAGUACCGCAUGCACCUCUAUCGCACGCGCUACCUGCACAUGCGGGAUAAUCUCGCUGCCACCCACAUUCAGUGUCACUGGCGGGGCUAUGCAGCUCGCAAGCCCUGGAAGGCCCUGCGCCAGUACUUCUUUGCCCGGCUGGCCAGGCUGCGGUAUAAGAACCUCAAGCUGGAGGCGACUCGCAUUGCUGAGCUGGCGCCGCCACGCAAGAAGACGGAGGUGGCGAUGGAUACGAUCCGCAUGAUGGUGCUGCGCGUGCAGAGGGACAAGGCGGAGAAGGGGCGGCAGGCGUUGGAACGGCAGCUGGCGGAGGCACGAGAGGAGGUGGAGCGGCGGGGCAGGGAGAUUGCAGCUCGAGGCAGGGAGAUAGCCCGGCUGCAGGAGAUGCUCGAUGCGGAACAGGCCAGGGCGGAGGCUGCAGAGGCGGAGGUGAGGGAAAUGGUGGCGGAGCGGGAGGAGCAGCGGGAGGAGCAGCAGCAGCACUUGGUGAAGAUGAAAGAGCUCUCUGUGUUGCCUGAUGCGCUGAGUCAUACGCCCACUGCUGCUUCUGCUGCUGCUGCUGCUGCUGUUGGUGGUGGCGUUGGUGAUGGUGCUGCUGCUAGGGAUGAGGCUAGGAUGUUGGCAAAUGCGGCAGCUGCAGCAGAGGCGGCUGUUGACGGGGCGGCAUCAGGAGGCAUUCCCGUGUCUCCUUCCUCCCUCCGUUCCCUUGCCUCUCCCUCCUCCCGACGACCUCCCGUAUCGCCCAGGAGAACCCCUUCUGCUGCCGCCGCCGCUGCUGCUGCUGCUGCUGCUGCUGCUGCUGCCAGUGCCGCUGCUGCCAGUGCUGCUUCUAUUGAUCCUCGUGCUGACCAUGCAAGAAGGCCUGUGCAAGGCGAGGGAGAGGGAGAGGAGGGAGACGAGGGAAUGGAGGAGGUGAAAGAGGUGGCGAUGGAGGGGGAUAGGGAGAAGGAGUGUGUUGUGGUGGGGGUGGAGGGCGGCGCAGACAGGACGGCCCUUGCCAACCAUUUCUUGCCGCCAAUUCUGGAAAGAUCUGCACAAAGCGAGGCGGAUCUAGUGGAGGCAGAAGAGAGGGCAGGGAACAGAGGAAAUGACGGCGAUGGCAACAGAGGAAACGACAGUGAUGGGAAGGAGGAGCAGGAGGAUCAAGAGGACGGUGACUUGGACCACGAGGGUGGGGCAGCAGCCGAGCAGGACCGAGGGCCGCUGAGUGCCGACAGGGGUCCGCUUAGUUCAGAACGGCCCAGGAGAAUGUCGGCUGGCGCGGGAGGGGGUGGAGCGGGAGGGAAGGAGUUUGGGCGGUAUGGGAGCAGCUCGUUCCGGGGCUCGCCUGCUCGGGAGUUUGAAGGGGGAGCGCGGGUGGGGCGAGGGGAGGAGGGGUCGUGGAGUGGGAGGAAGCUGGGUGGAGUGGGGUCGAGAUCGGCUAGGAGUGGGGCGAGUGAGGCGUCGCCGCGGGGAGGCGUGGGGAUGGGGAUGGGGACGCCGCCCACUCCUGGGGGGAGUGGGGCGGGGACGCCGCGGGGGAAGAGUUUGACGUUUUCGGCGAGCAACUUUGAUAAGAUCCUUGCGAGCAUGCAGCGCGAAGUGGAGAUUGCACAGAAGAUGCGCGAGGAGAACAACUGGCUGCGGGCAGCAUACAAGGAGGCGGUGCACAAGGCAGAGGUGGCGGCGGCACUGGCGGCACAUGCGGGCCCAUGUCAUCCCUGUGUCCUUUACUCUGCUCCCCACCUCCCUCAUCAGAUGCGGGAGGAGAACAACUGGUUGCGGGCAGCGUACAAAGAGGCAGUGCACAAAGCAGAGGUGGCGGCAGCACUGGCGGGGGCGGAGAGGGCGAGGGCGGAAGAGGCGGAGAGGAACGUGGCAGCGCGGGAGGAGGAGAUGCGGGAGGCCCUGGCACGAUGCCAUGAGCUGCAGGAGAAGCUGCUCGGGAGAUCGCGCGAGGUGCGCACGUUGAGUCAGAGGCUGAUUGCCUUCCAGGCCAGCAUGGCCAAUGCCAAUCCGGCCAUGCCCAUCGACAAGCAGCAGGAGGUGCUUCUGAACGAGAUUGCGGUGAGCCGCUUCCCCUUCGGUCCGCAAGGCCAGCCGGUGGCAGCGUGUGUGGUGUACCGGUCGCUGCUGCACUGGCGAGUGUUCCAGGCCGAGAAGACCAACGCGUUUGACCGAAUCAUUGAGACCUUCCAGAUGGUGUCUCGCUCCGAUGACAUGAGCACACUCAGCUACUGGCUCAGCAACCACGUUGUGCUGCUGUACCUCGUGCAGGUGGGUGCUGCUACGGGGGUUGGAGGUGGGUGUUGGGGUGGGAGGGGAUGGGAGUGGGUGCAGUGCAGGUGGGUGCAGGUGUGGAAGACAAAUCAUCGAGACCUUCCAGAUGGUCUCACGCUUGAUGACAUGAGCACGCUCAGCUACUGGCUCAGCAACCACGUCGUGCUGCUGUACCUCGUGCAGGUGGGUGCUAGGGGUGGCGGGGGGUUCGGGGGAGGUACUGGUGUGGUGGGAUCUGGGAUGAUGUUCUCCUCCGCCCUCUCCACCCUCUCCCCCCUCUCUCCCCUCCCCUCCUCCCCAGGUGGUGUACAAGGCCCCAGCAGAGAAGCUCAAGCUGCUCCCCCUGUCCCUAAACCCUUCCAACUCCCCCGCCCCCCCCUCCCCUCCCAGGUGGUGUACAAGGCCCCGGCAGAGAAGCCCAAGUUGGAGCGUGUCACCACGUUUGGCUUCUUCGGCGCUCGCCCCCCCACUCCGCCGCGACCCAGCGCGACGAUGCAGCAGGUGGAUCUGAUGCUGUUCAAGCAGCAGCUGGCGACCGGCAUCGAGCGGCUGUAUGUGACCAUCCGCGACAGCGCCAAGACGGAGCUCGCCGUCCACUUCAACCCGCAGGCACGAGGAGCAGAGGUGGAGGCAGGCGAGGGAGCAGAAGCUGGGGAAAACGAGGGAGGAGGUCUGAGCAUCCCCCCAGCAGGGGCGAGGGGGCGGGGGCGGGGGCGGGGGCGGGGGGGGCAGGGGGGGCGGGCGCCGCAGCGCAACGCAGCGACAGCGAUGCGGAAACACAUCAUGUCGUCCUGGACCAACGUGGCACGAGGAGCAGAGGUGGAAGCAGGCGAGGGAGCAGAAGCUGGGGAGAACGGAGGGCCGGGCAUCCCCCCGGCAGGGGCGAGGGGGAGGGGACGGGGAGGGCGGGCGCCGCAGCGCAACGCGGCGACAGCGAUGCGGAAACACAUCAUGUCGUCGUGGACCAACGUGGUCAUCACUCUGCGCCACAUCAUCGGGAACCUUGUGGCCAAUCACGUGCCGGCAGCGCUGCUGGACGCUCUGAUUCGCCAGCUGCUGUUCUUUGUCAACAUGAAGAUAUUUAACAGGUGGGUGGGUGCGCGCGCAGUGGUGUCCGUGCACGUACAGCAGUGGGGAGAGGAUGGAGGAGGGGCUAAGCUGUCUGGACCAGCGAUGGAUGCCGCUGGGACACUCGUCUUAGCCUUUUUCCCCUCUCAUCCCAAAUCCCAACCAAACUCUGAACUAUUGCAGCCUGAUGGUGCGCGCGCAAUGGUGCCUGUGCACGUACAGCAGUGGGGAGAGGAUGGAGGAGGGGCUAAGCUGUCUGGAGCAGUGAUGGAUGCCGGUGGGACACUCGUCUUAGCUUUCUCUCCCUCUCAUCCCAAACCCCAACCAAACUCUGAACCCUCGCAGCCUGAUGGUGCGCGCGCAGUGGUGUCCGUGCACGUACAGCAACGGAGAGAGGAUGGAGGAGGGGCUGCGCCGACUGGAGCAGAGCAGGGGGUGCAGCUGAGGAAGCGGUGUCCGUGCACGUACAGCAACGGCGAGAUGAUGGAGGAGGGGGUCAACCGCCUGGAGCAGUGGGUGCAGCUGAGGAAGAAAGGUGCUUGUUACUUGAUACGUUGCCUACUCGCUGGCUCUUUUACUCGUUCCAUUUGCUGCCCUCCUCCCGUUCCCAACAGCCUGAUGGUGCGAGCGCAGUGGUGCCCGUGCACGUACAGCAACGGCGAGAUGAUGGAGGAGGGGCUGAGCCGUCUGGAGCAGUGGGUGCAUGACGUGGAGGUGCAGCUGAGGGAGGUGCUGGGGGGGGAGAGAGCGCCCCUGAGGAAGGAGCUACGGCACCUACAGCAGACGAUUCUCUUCCUGACCCUGGACCACAAGCCGAGGAGAAGCCUUGAGGAGUUAAGGAUGCUGUGUCCCGAUCUGAGCAUGAACCAGCUGGUGCACAUGUGCAUUUGGUACGAGGACGACAAGUACGGCACCAAGGGCGUGGACCCGAGUGUGAUCGAGCAGAUGUGGAGCGAGAUGGUGGAUGACAGCCCCAUGCUGCUAAGGGACGGUGAAGGCAUCCCCUUCACAACGGACGAGAUCGUACACAGCCUACCCGAGAUAAACCUGGACGAGGUAGAGCCUCCCCCCGAGCUCCAAGACGACCCCACCUUCCACUUCCUCCUCCCCCUCACCUCCAUCCCCUCCGUCCCCUCCACCCCAACUGCUGCCUCGCACACUCCCCGCAACGCCUCCCCGCGCCUCCCUCCCCCUUCCGUGCCAUCAUCCAUCCCCCGAUCGGCCUCACUCUCUCAUGCCCAUUCUCGGCCCGGCACCGCUCCCCACCCUAUGGGGGGUGGUACUCCUAGGGCUGCUGGGGCCUCGUCGGUUGCGAGUACGCCUCGUGUGCCGUCGAGCCCUUGGGAUUACUUCCGAGGGCGAGGGGCGUGGAAGAAUGAAGAUGCGUGA